ACUCCGGCACCGCCUGCUGCCUCUGGUACCUCAUUGAAAUUCUCGUCGGCAUGGGCUGCUUCUACUCCUGCGGCUUCCGUUCAAAGCUGAGGCAGAAGUACAUGCUGCCAGCCAAGCCCUGUGGAGACUGCUGUGUGCACACCUUUUGCCUCCUAUGUGCCAUCUGCCAGGAGUACCGCGAGCUCAAGAACCGAGGCUGGGAGCCCAAGCUCG